UUAAACGCACCUCCCAACCCUAUGCAGCAAUUUCACUUCAUUUCAAAUGCUGCUUCUUCUAAACGGCCACAAAGCGCCGGGUCACGACAUGGCGGUCCACAUCUUCCCCUCUCUGAAAGUGAACUGGACGUGUCUAGUCUGUCUAGCCUGGAGCUCUGCAUCCCGCCGCCACCCCUCUUCAGCAGCAACGCCAACCGCCCUAACCGGACCACAAGGACGAGAACAAAAUCAGGGGUCGCCACGAGUCCACACCAUACAGUCAGUCACUUCAUCAGCAGUGUAAAGGAGGGUUAUCCAGCACAUCGAAGCCCCGGAGCAGCCAGGAAACAUUCCCCAAGCUCCAGCCCCAGAGCAGAGCAUCACAGCUGGGCACACAGGACCUCGACUGCACCCACCCCAAAGAGCAUCCUGAAGCAGCCCGCCCUGUUAGGACUGGAGCAUGCAUAUGACAUCAUAAGGAAGUCAAAGUCAGUUGAGCUGUUAGAUGAUAGUAGCCGCCGCAGCAGCAACACCCACCGGCCCACUCGGUCCCUGGACCAUUCGGAGGAGAAACUGCCUGUGUCACGGCGGUCCUCAGCCCCGCCCUCCCCCUGCAGGACUGAAUGGAACUGGAGGAUGCACGCCUUGGAGGAGAAGGUCCGCUUCUCCAACUUUCUGGAUGAAAUCACCUGUCGGGUCCUGAGCCCCGCCAGCCUCUCACUUCUAGGCAGGGCACCUUCUAGAGAACAUGAAAGCCCUGCCGCUGAGCGCCGCCAAUGCCGCCCUAACCUCAGGAAGCAGCAGGAGGGGGAUCCAUCUGCAGAAAGGACAAGACGCUGGGACGACUGGGUUGCAGCAAUGCAGCGGCCCGACAGCUGGUAUCAGCCUCUGCUGGAUGAGGGGGCGGGGCAACAACAAGGUGAUGUCACAGAAAGAACAGGGUCUAAUGAGGAAGUGUUGGGGAUGAGGAGAGGAGUAAAGACGGGGGUUCAGGAGACAGAAGAGCCACAGAGACACAAACACAAACCACCUGUUUCUAAUCAGUGUCAUCUGUCUCACAUCAAGGAGCCUAUAUCAGAAUCUGACAGGAUCAGAAUCCUCCAGCAGCAGAAUGAAGACUUGCAGCGCCGCCUCUCUCUCACCAACCACAAAAUGGAGGCCAUGGAGGCGGAGUUUGAUGGCAACCGUCACUACAUGGACGCUGAGCUCAGCCGGACCAGAGACGACCUAGACAAGAUGAGGGACAAGUUCCGCAGACUCCAGAACAGCUACACAGCAUCUCAGAGAGCCAAUCAGGAUCUGGAGGAGAAGCUCCACGCUUUGCUACGGAAGGUGGAAAGGGACAAAAAGACGAUGGACCAGGAGAUUGUGGAACUAACCAACAAAUUGCUUGACGCUAAGAACACAAUUGACCGUCUGGAGGAACUCAAUGAGCGUUACAGGCAGGACUGUAACUUGGCUGUCCAGCUGCUCAAAUGCAACAAGUCGCAUUUCAGGAACCAUAAGUUUGCUGAUCUGCCCUACGAGCUUCAGGACAUGCUAAAUAAACACAUGAAGAGCAGCCUGCCCGAACGCGGCCCAGUCCCCGGCUCUCAGGACCCGGACACCCUAAGUUUAACUCCUGCAGAUGUUGUGCCCACUUCAGUCAUUGCUCGUGUCCUAGAAAAACCUGAGCCGCUGGUCCUGAACUCUGCCCAGUCUAGCAGCUGCGGCCGGCCCGUUGCUGAGGAUGUCUUUGUGCACGUGGACAUGACGGGCCCGUCGGGGGCCGAGGGCCACAGCCGGGAGAACGGCAGCAGCAGUCAGGCAGGGCAGCAGAAUGGCUCCUGUCGAAGUCAGAGCAGUAUUGACGGGCAGGUGGCUGGCGAGGAGGUCGGCGGGGCUGCAUCUUUCGAGAAGCUGAACCCGUACCCUGCCCCGCCGCCCCCACAUCCACUGUACCCCGGACGCAAGGUGAUUGAGUUCUCUUCAGAUGACAAAGUAAAGAUUCCCAAAAACUCCCCGCUUCCCAACUGCACCUACGCCACCCGCCAGGCUAUAUCCCUGAGCCUGGUCCAGAAUGAUGACGAGCGGCUGGCCACUGGGAGCCCUGCGCCCUCCUCAUCCUCUGGCGGGGGGGUUCACCAGCGCACGCCGCCGUCACAACGGGACCUCACCAGUGAGCCACUGUCCAGUCAGUCCAGCCCAUUCAGCAGCCCACCACAGGCUCCCAGCGUCCUGGCCAGCUCCGCUAGCUCAGAGGAGGACCUGCUGGCCAACUGGCAGCGGAUGUUUGUAGAGAAGAUGGCACCAUCCUGUGAAACCUCGAUGGUCCAUCGCACCUCAUUCAGCAGUCAGACAGCUCAGGAGCUGCAGAGGAGGAGGCAGACACCAGGGGGCGGGGCUUCAUCCUCCUCUGAUCGCCACAGAGCGGCAUACUCAGAUGGUGAAGAGGGCUCGUCUGCGCGCAGCUGGACGCCCAGCCGCGGCUCCAGCCUCGACACCGACACCGACACUGAGCAACGGUCAGGCAGGAGGGGUCGCUACAGCAUUGGAGACGGGUCCAUGGAGGAGGGCAAGGGACUCCUGAUGAACCUGGAGGACGACGGCGGCAGCGGGGACACGGCGGUCACUGUGGCGACGAGCCCAGCCGAUGCUCGCAGGAAUGAUUUUGAGGAGGAGGAGGAAGAGGCGGAGAGUUCGGCUGAGGAGAGAGAUGUCCUCCCACACGACCUGCCCGUCAUCUCACCACGUCUCCUGGACUUCGACCCGGCCCACGCCACAGCCGCCCCUCCACAGAGGCCACAGAAGAGCCCGAAGAGAAUGGGCGUGCACCACCUGCACCGCAAAGACAGUCUGACCCGAGCCCAGGAGCAAGGCACUCUGCUGGACUGACGCUCGCCCUAAGAAAAGUCUUGCUCACCCCACACUGUGCUCCAUCAGCUGCUGUCUGUUUCCAUGGCAACUUGCCUGUCUGUCAUAGAAGUCAGAGGUCAAGCCCAUCAGGAUAUAGCCAUACUCUACCGUAUGCUGCCGAGCUCACCGUGUGUUCGUGUUUGUGUGUGAGUGAGUGAGUGUGUCAAGACCGAUCAGCUCUGGAUCAAUAUGUAGGCUUCUGUAUCGGCAAUUUGAACCCAGUGAAUCAGCUGAUCAGACAGAUAGGUAAAUAAAGAGAUUUAUUUUUGUGUAAUGAAAUAAAUUCUAUCAGUAUUUUUAAAAGAUAAAAGAGUUUAAGAAAAAUAAUCAUUCUUGUUUCAAAUUUACAUCAAACAGUCAAAAGUAUGCGACAGCCCCCGACCCGCAGUGUUUUAAAGACACUUUGUGUUCUGCAGCUUUUUUAAUUUAGGAGAUAGAAUAUUUCAAAGACAGAAAAGUGAGCAGUGUUAAAACAAUUACCAUUUUUUAAGAUACUCAGAAAAUCCUACAGAAUCUGGUUGGUGAUGUUGACAUACUUUAAGGACAUGUAGAAAAGAUGUCCGCAUACUUUUGGAUGUCUAGGGUUUGAUUGUGCAUCUACACAAACAGGAACUACAUGGCCAAAAGUAUGAAGUCUGAAUGACUAUAAAACUAUUUGACAUCUAAAACGAUCAGUGUUACAAUAAGUAGUUGAAACACAAUAUCGGUCUUUUGUGUGUGUGUGUGUGCUUGCGUGUGUGUAUGAGUGUUGGGUUUUUUGUAAGAGGAGAAAACAACUGAAUGGAAACUUUAAAAAAAAAAAAAAAAACUUCACACUUUACAGAUGUCUUUGCCUUGUUUCAUGACCAGGAGCAUUUUAUUUUCAAGAGAACAGAUGAGACACACCUGGAUGAACACACACACACACACACACACCACUAAGACUCUCAGUGCCUAUCUCUAUUUCUCUCUCUCUCUCUCUUUCUCUCUCUCUUUCUGGAUGGUACGCCGCAGGGCCUGCUGAGGGUCAGACUUGUUUAUUUUGUUGUCUACACUAAUCACUGAUUUCAUGUCAUGGUGUUAUUUAGUCACCUGAUUGAUUUGUAAGGGGGGGUUUGGUUAGACCCCCCCCCCCCGCCAAAAACACAUACUCACCCUUUCCCCUCUCACCCACACCCUGACUGUACCUGCAGGGGGGCGGAUCUUCUCCCAACUGGAAUGUAACCAUCUCUUUUUGUUGUUAUCACCUCUCCUGUCUCCUUAUUUCUCAUUGUAAUGAUAUCUGGAGUAUAAAUCUACGAUUAAGAGAUUAUUUUAUGACAUUUCUGUUUGGAUUUGAUUUGUUGUUUUGUUUAGUUGUUCUUUCGAUCAGUCUGGUUUAUAUGUUCUGAUGUACCAAGCAUCUUUCAGAAGCCUGUUAGUGCCAGAAACUGGGCUGGACAUGGAAACGUUUAUCCUUCCUUUUUAACAAACUUUCCUCUAAGCCUAAAGACCAUAUUCCCACCACAGUCACGAGGCUCAAAUGUUGUUAUCAUGUCUUACUGUUAUGUUCCUUCAUUAAGAAACAUGAGGAACUGUUUUCAUUUCAAACCUUCCCUAUUGAUAUAAAACUACACAGAAAAUGGAUACUGAAUAUCUGGAGAUAAAUCAGGCUUCAUUAUGAGUAAAAAAAAACAUAUUUAAUAUACCAUUAGCUUCCAUCACAACAGAGCUAAUAUCAGCCUUCAGCCACUUCAUAGUUAACAUUCAUGCCUGAGAAUCACGGAUACGAUAUGAAAGGAGUGUAUUCAUUCUUGGUAUUGAAGCUCAUCUUGAGCACAAACAAACCUGGGGUAAAACGUAACUAUUUCAAGCUUACAACGUUCACUGAGCAGCUCUCCCUCAAGCCCCAAGGUUAUUUUCUCCGUGGGAAUAUGGUCUAUUACACGACUUAUCUGCUGCCCUAAAAGCUGUUUAUUUUGUUUUCAUAGUAAAAAAAUACCUAUUUACUUUUAUUGAGUCUCAGCACUCGUGUUAUUCAAUUACAAAAUCGUAUAAAUUAAAUACCAUGUGUGAUAUUAGUGGGGAAAAAAAGAUGCAAGAAUUAUAAAGUGUCUGCCUUGAACUGCAACAGUUAAACAGGAGUCAGACUUCAGUUAUCACAUAACAAGAGUAACUGUGUGUUCAGACCAAAAGCAUCAACAAAUGAUUCAUGCAGCGUUAUUACAAAGACAUUACUUUAAGUUCUUCACAUAUUUGCCAGAGUUGGAAAAAGAGUCUUGUCUUGCAGUUAGAACCGACCACGCAUGAAUUCAGACUUCUUCUUCUUCUUCUACAAAGAUUCUUCAUGAAAUAGUAUUAUUUUAGUAGAGCUAGAGUUCAGCGGACAUAGGACUUUCUAUACAGUCAACCUCCCACUCACUGAAGACAGAUAACAGCAGCAGAAACAGAACGCCAGUAGUUUGUGUGCUGAUCGUGGCUAACAGGUCAUCACAUGUGCACUGGUCAACUUUCUGUAGUCUGAAUCAGAACUGAAGGAAUAAACACACAGUUCCUGGAGAAGGCUGUAACAGUUUGUCUCUCCUGAUAAUGUCAUGAACCCAGAUAUGAUGGUGGCUGGUAUCUGGACUUAUCUGUUAGACCAAAGCAAAUGAACACAGCCUGCCAAUCAUCACUUUUGGUCUGAACACAUCAUAAGGAAGGUCAGACUAAAACAAUGGUGGAGGAGUUGUUGUCGGAGCAAAAAGCAAAAGUGACACUUUGUUAUUCGGCAACUUUAAGAAAAAUAAACCAGUGAAAUUGGUAACUGGUCGUUUUUUGAACAGUGGGAAAUUGUAAUUCUAAGGGCAGCAUCACAUGUAUUAAUCAGUUAUGAGUUUCUACUUUAUCUGCCCUUUCAAUGAUAAAGCCCCCUUAAAAAGUUAAAACUAAAAACUGUGUUGAGACUCAUACGCAUGAUAAAACAUACUUUACAUGGGAGACACUUGAGCUGUUGUGUUCUGAGUAUCUCCUUGAAUAUUUACACUCUUUUAGUUUUUCAGCAGUUUUGAAUGUUUCUGGCACUACCGAGCCUCUGUGCAUUUAUCAUAACUCAGUUUGCUCUUAUUCUCUGAGGUCUGUGUCACAGAUUGAAUGUUGGCUUGUUGCCCUCUGAUUGUGACUCUCACCGAAGACCAAUGUUCACCGAUUGACCCACCGAAUGAUUGAUUAUUUGAUUGAUUAACUUACUGCAGGUUUUUGGAGUCUUUAUGAAAGUCAUUGGAUUUUAAACCUCAACACUAAACUGAUUGUUUUUGACAUACAUGUUUAAGCCUCUAUGUUUUUAAUCAGCAUGGGUUAUUGUGUGAUUUACCAUUUCAGUCUUUGAACAGUGUGUCAGUGUGCUGACGGGCAAACAGUGUUGAUCUGCAGCACAACAAAUGCCGUCAUCAGCAGUUAAUGGAUUCAUUAAUUAUAUAGACGUGAUAAAUGUCAAAGUAAUUAAUCCAGAAUCUAAACAGAAGUGAUCUAGUUAAUCACUCGAUUACUAAAUGAAGCACUAAGACUGGUUUCAUGACCAUGUGGUGUGACAACUAUAACACUGCUUGUGCAUUAUUGGGUAAAGGUGCAUGCUGGGAUAAGAUGAUGUCAGCAGCCUGUCUGGUCACAGGUUCAAUCCCCACCUUAGCCUGCCUGUGUGUACAAAAUAAAAACAGUUCACUGCUGAAGUGAGAACACAAACAGAGGAGGAAACAAAUGAUUGAUACAUCACCAUGAUCAAAUGUAAGAAACAACAGAAGCUGAAAGAAUUGAUUUGUAGAUCUCACUACAAUAUCCACUGCUUAGUUACUUUAGAACUAUUUAUUUAAUCACAUGAUCUUCCCUGUCUUGUCGACUUUUAAUAUAAGAUAAAUAACUCAUUAUUGAUUUUGAAAACAACAGUGGACAAAAGAAUGUGAAGUGAGAUGAUAAAAACAGCAGAAAAUAAAGAAACAAUAAUGAGUAGCUCAGAACACUUUUACUCUCGCCUAGCACAGGACUGUGAGAAAGUGGAACCGUAAACUCUAUUAGUCCAACAAGUCGAUGUGACACGCUGUAUCAUGUUACCCAACAGGCUAAUCACCAACACAUCUUGUAGCCAAAUAUUGAUAGAAUCAUGCUACCAAUGCUAACCCGCUGAGAGUGUUUGUGCUGAGCUAGGAGAAAGAUGUUCUGGUAUAAAAUGAGCAGCAUGUAAUGGAGGUCCACUUCCACUUUUUACUCCUGCUAGUGUAAAAAAAACAAAAGUGUGAGCUCAGCUUUACUUAACAUGUUCUGUUAGCAUCUGAAGUGUGUGUUAAGUUUAAGUACCUGCAGGGGAGUUUAAUGUUUCAGUUACAGCUGCAAGAUUUAAUAUUCAAGCAAAACAUAUAAAAUGUGACAGUUUAUUUAAGGACCAUGCUAGUGUUUCUACAUGUUUGAGCAUGCUACCUAUAGGAAAACAAAUUGAGCUCUAGGAGCUGGCCGGCUGUAAUGUUGUGUGAGCUGGCUAUGACUGGGUAAAUAAAACAUGUAAAAACAGCGGUAUGGUCCUUUAACAGCAGCCUGCUCGGUCUCCAAGAUACUCAAUUAUUCAAAAGCAUUUUCUUGUUUUGUUUGACAGCUGCAGGAUGAGGAACUAAAAUCUCCCAAAUCGGGCACACACUCCAUCCUCUCUUCUCUCCCCUUUUAUCUGAUUUUCGUCCUCAUCUGUAAUUAUUAGCAGAACGAGGGACUGCUGCUAAAUUAUUAAGGUUCUAUUACUGUCAAAAAUGGGUCGCUAAUACUUAAACGUGUUCUGUGGGAGAGAGAGAGAGAGAGAGUGUGUGUGUGUGUGUGUGUGUGUGUGUGUGUGUGUGUGUGUGUGUGUGUGUGUGUGUGUGUGUGUGUGUGUGUGUGUGUGUGUGUGUGUGUGUGUGUGUGUGUGUGUGUGUGUGUGUGUGUGUGUGUGUGUGUGUGAGAGUGUAAGUGUUUAAUUUUUUAUGUGAGUCAUCAGAUUUCAGGAGGGAACAGGAAGUCGGAAAUGAAAGACUGUUAGAGUAGUGUGUGUUUUUGUGUUGUAAAGUGAGUCAGUGCAUGCGCGUGUGUGUGUGUGUGUGUGUGUGCUUGAGUGAUGCUCUGGGUAUAAAUAGAUUCUACAUCUGGACUUCUGCAUCUUUAAUGACUGUUCUUCAUGAAUAUAAUUGGAGACGUCAACUUGCCGCCUCAUCACAGACAAGGUCACCCUCCAACCCUCCUCUUCCUUUUCUUCCUCAUUCACUUCCUCUCUUCUUCUGAUCACUUUUCCUCAUCAUAUUUCUUUCUCCUUUCCUCUUCAUUAUAUGUACCUCCUAAAGCCUCAAAUCUUGUGUCCACUGUUUCUGGCAUCUUCAACUUUCUCAUCCUCUCUUCAUGUUCUUCCCUCCUCCUUUCUCUGCUCCAUUUUUUUCUCUCCUCUGUUCUUUUCUUCUUUCCUCCUGCUAGUUAUCCUUAAUGUUGAACUCGUCUUAAAAACAUUAUUAUUUCUGACUUUCACAUAACAAUGUCAGCUCAUUUUCCACUUGCUAUUAUUUCAAGAGCUUUUAAACACCUCCCAGAGUCUUCAAGAGCAGAUAUAAUGUCAUCAUGGGAUAGAUAACUAUCUCUAUCUGCAGAUCAAAUUGUGUCAGACAGGUCAAUGCUCCUGACCUAACAAGUUUAUGACCUAUUAACAUUUUUUACCACUGAUUUCAAUGUGAUUUAAUCAGCACCUGAUAAUCAUUUAUAAAAUCAUUAAACACUUUAUUUUUAGUAGGGUCUUUUAACUCCCUUAAAAAUAAUGACUUUAAAAUGUCUUCAUGAUACUUAUUUUCUUAACAACUGAACACACAAAAUAGUAUUGUUUUAACAAUUUCAUUUUUGUUCAGAACAAGCAUUCAUUUAUUUUAUUCUAUUUGCUAAGGCGUCCUCCUCUUAUUGUUGAAAGCAGCUCUGCGUCCCAGCAUGCAUCAGGAGGACAGGCACUUCCAGUUCAUCACGCCAGCUUUAAUUUGAGGGUUUUAUUGAUGUUUUCAAAUCAAGUGAAAAUAUUUGAUGAUCACUGUUCACAUAUUUCAUGUCUUAAAAUCUGUUCUCAUUUUAAAUUCAGUUUUAAACAUGUUUUCCAUGUCUCAGUCAAGCUGCUUUCAUGUCAGAAUCAAAUGUCCAUCAGUUUCUGAUAUGAUGAUGGAAUUCUUGUAAGAUUUUUCUUUAUGCUUCUAUGAUUUCAAAUCUAACUUUUUACAUGAACUAUGUUUGCUUUUUAGCUGGAAAACAUUCCCAACUCAUUACCAGCAACAUCAAGUCCACAUCCCAGUGAUUAUUAUGACUUCCAAAAAUGUAAUUAUAAAUUUAGAACAAAUUGAAUGUUUAAUAUUCCAUAUUUAUCCUUAUGCUAACAUCGACAUGCUUGGACAUGAACUGUAUUUUAAAGAUUAUUAACUCUACUUAAACCUAAAUUCAGUGGAUACCGUGCAACCUAACUCAUUAUAUCUUCAGCCAUCUGCACCAAGAUUACUUUAUUUGUCCAAUGGCAUGUAUACUCACAAGUUGUGAGAAAAUGGGAACUUUGAUCAUCCCUACAAUCCACCUACAUGAUGUUAAUGCAACAUUAGCACUUUUUAUUAUUAUUUCAAGUUUAAAGUAACUAGUAAAACCCAAUGGGUGCUUUUACUAGCUAUGUUAGCUAGCAUGACUUUGUCAUUGCUUUAUUUUUUCUGCUGCUUCAGGACUAUUUAUUUAACAGCUCACUGAUUCUGAUUUUGUUCCCAAAAAGCCCCUCAUGCUAACAUUUCACCCCAUUUGAAAAUGUACCAUAUAACAGAUGAUGCCCCAAAAACAUAAUUGAGUUUCAGCACCAAUGCCUUUUUUUAACAUCCAUUCCACAUUAGCUACUGUUGUUUAACAUAGCCUAAUGGUGUUAGAAGAUUAAAAUGUAAAAUUGAGCCUUAAAACAAAGUGGGUUUAUGUUUAGUUUAAUAGAGUCACAGGAAUACAUUUAGCUAAGAAAUGUGAGAACUGUUCUAGUGACUUUUAAAGCUUGACUAAUUUCAGAUAUUGUGCGAAUGCUUGUAGCUGAAAUCUGACAGGCUUAUAUUUUUCAAAUUAGGCUAGCUAGAUUGAGUUUGCCCUAACUGUAGAAAUAUUCACAAUUAAAGAAUAUGCUAAAGAAAAAGAUGAGCUCAGCAUUAGUAAUACCGGUGUAUUUGUUUGUAUUGCUCUUCCAAAAAUAAGUACGUUCACAACAAAGAGAUAUAGUACUAGCUGGCAGGUUUGACUAAUUUUAACCGCACUAAAUUUCAACUUGAUUAAAUUAAACCUAAUUUCACCAAGCUAAACUGUAUUAUUGUUUCUUUUCAUAACCAGCCUGCUGCAGUAGACUAAUAUUCAUAAUCCAGCCAUGGUGAAAAAGAGGCAGGUGUCCUGAGUGUCCUGAUCCAGCAGAGAAACAAUCGGGAAUCGACAUACUUGAAUAAACUAUUAGCAUGUAAGCUAGCUAGCUUGGUCUAUUUCAAAAGAAUACCACAGCUUACCGGAUAACAUCACCUCACUUAUUAUGUUUGCUUGUGUGCUGUUUCGAUUAUUCCAAAACAGAACAAGGUUGGUCAACUGGCUAACAAGCUAGCAUUAGCCUAACAUAGAA